ACAUUUUCUCACACAUUUUCCCUUUCACUUUCUCUCAUUUUCUCUCCAUCCAAACAGUCUCCAUGGAAGACGACCCCUCAGCUUCAUACAUUCACAUGGUGCACCACCUGAUUGAAAUAUGCAUUCUUUUCAACAUGUCCAAGGAAGAGUGCAUGGAAGCUCUCUCCAAACAUGCAAAUAUCGAACCGGUCAUCACUUCCACCGUGUGGAAUGAACUGGAGAAGGAGAACAAGGAGUUCUUCCAAGCGUAUGAGAAGAAACGACGUGACGUUACUACGAGGAAGUUGGAAGGGAACUCUUCGUCCGACACGUUGGGUUUCAACUUGCUGGGUUUGGGGGAUACGACGUCGUUGGGUCGGUGGCGUGGUUCUGCAACUUUUUAAGAAUGUAUUGGUGUCGCUUGCUGAUUGGGACUCCAUGAGAGGUGACACGUGGCAGUUUAUAAUUUAAUAAGUGUAUUUUUUUUUUCUUCAACUGUAAUUAGAGAAUUCAAGCCUAUUGUCAACUUUAGUUUGUUGCCUGCCGUCAUCGCUAUCAUGAUUUUAAAACAUAUAUGUUAAGGAGAAAUUUCUACGUUCUUAUGAGGAA